AUGUACGAUACCAUCCGGUAUCACGUGAUUCCGCCCGCGUUUGUGGUGUUCUUCACAGGCGUUGUGCAGUACCUUGCGUGGUCCGGUCGUGGGGCCAGUGUCGACUUUAGCGCACUCUGGGGUAACGAGUUCGCAUGGCGCUUUCUCGGAGUUUCCUUCGCCUGGGCCUACGUGUCGCUCCUUGUCCCAUCGAGAAAGUGCAAGGGUCCCGUCACUGAUUUUGGACAGGUCCCGGAGUACCAGGACAACGGCACCCUUUACUAUUGGGCCACGCUGGUCACUUUCGUCUUGUACAACUUCUUCGUAGACAAGGACCUCUCCCUGAAGAUCUACGACAACUUCCCACAGAUUUUAGGCGCGCUGAAUACGUGUGCAUUGCUGCUAUGUGUCGUGCUGCUCAUCAAAGGUCGCCUUUCCCCGGACGUGCGAGAAAAGACUGUGAUGAAAAAGUUUCCUAUUGCCUAUGAGUUCUAUUCUGGCAAGGAGCUGCAUCCUCGCUUGCUAGGCGUCGAUGUGAAGCAGUUCACCAAUUGUCGAUUCGGCAUGGUCGCCUGGCAGAUAUUCAUCCUCGCCUUUUUCUUUGCGGGAAUCAAGAGGGAGGGAUUCAACUACGGGUUCGCAGUGAAUGUGCUUCUGCAAUCCAUCUACGUCGCCAAGUUCUGGUGGUGGGAGUCGGGUUACUUCUGGACGCUGGACGUGGCCCUGGAUCGAGCCGGCUACUACCUCUGCUGGGGUUGUCUGGUUUGGGUACCAGUGUUAUACACCUUCUCGUCCUACUUCAUGGUCGCUCAUCCGCCACUCACGAGUCCUCUCAUCUCCCUGCUCAUCUUCUUCGUUGGCCUAAGUGCUGUGAUCAUCAACUACGCAGUCGAUCGAGAAAAGGAGAUUUUCCGCAAGACCGGAGGUGAAUGCGAAAUCCGAGGUGAACCAGCCAAGUACAUAGACGUCGAGUACGUGGACGAGAAGAAGCGCUUGCGCAAGUCCAAGCUACUCAUUUCUGGGUUCUGGGGCACGUUGCGACAUCUAAACUACAACUUUGAAAUUCUCGCCGCGUUUUCGUGGAGCUGCGUCGGAUGGCACCACGGGCUGGCCCCAUUCUAUUACGUCGUGUUCCUCACGGGGCUUCUCGUUCAUCGUGUUUUCCGAGACGAAGAGAAGUGUCGGAGAAAGUACGGGAAAUAUUGGGAAAAGUACUGCAGUAUUGUCCGAUACCGAAUGAUCCCGUAUGUCUUCUGA